UGUCAGAGUUUUUUCUUUGAUUAAAGUAAAAAGGAAAAUAUCUUUUUGCAGCUUCCUGUCCAAGUGAAGCAACAAUAAUAAAACAGUCUUUUUAUUUAUUCACCUUUAUACCCUUACAAGUCAAAGUUAACUCCUGUCAGGUUCCUUUGUCUGAGAAAAAAAAGAUCUUAUUUUUAACCAUUCUUGUGCUAAACUAAUCAAACCCAUUUCCCAAAAUGCAAAACCUGAGAUGGGUUUUGAAUCUCUUACUUGUUUCUUCUUUUGUUCACACAUCAUCACAAGCAAUCUGCACAAGCCAAGACAGAGCAGCACUACUAGCUUUCAAAUCAAGCAUCACCAAAGACACAACUGGAGUUCUGUCUUCAUGGGUCGGUAAAGACUGUUGCAACGGUGAAUGGGAAGGUGUUCAAUGCAAUCCAUCCACCGGGAAAGUCACAAACUUGGUGUUGAGAAACUCCUUGAACGAACCUACACUCUACAUGAUAGGCACGUUAUCACCUGCUCUAGGGAACCUCGGAUCUCUCCAGGUUUUGUUCAUUUCUGGAACCAAGUUCAUCGCUGGCUCGAUCCCCAACACCUUCUCUAAGCUAACUAGUCUUACUCAGCUUGUCCUCGAUGAUAACUCUCUCAAAGGGAACGUUCCUUCUUGUUUAGGCCAUCUUCCGUUCUUGGAGAUUCUUUCAUUGGCUGGAAACCGCUUCUCAGGUGUUGUCCCAGCAAGUUUAGGAAGCUUGAGAAGCCUCUCUGUAAUGAUGUUGGCUCGAAACUCUCUCUCUGGUCCAAUCCCAGUGACGUUCAAGAACCUUGUCAAGCUUCAGACUCUUGACCUCAGCUUCAAUUCGUUAUCUGGACCGAUACCAAACUUCAUAGGCCAGUUUCGGAAUCUAACAACUCUUGAUCUCUCCAGCAACAGAUUCUCCGGGGGACUACCGGUUUCUGUUUACACUUUGGGGAAGCUUCAGGACAUGUCGCUGGAGCGGAAUGAUCUAUCCGGACCAAUCUCUGACCGAAUCAGCAACUUGAAGUCUCUCUCUAGCCUUGACUUGAGCAGCAACAAGUUCAACGGUCACAUACCAGCAUCCAUUACAAGACUUCAGAGUCUCUGGUCUCUCAAUCUCUCAAGAAACCAUUUCUCUGAUCCUCUGCCUGUUGUAGGAAUCAGAGGUUUUCCUUCUUUGCUGUCCGUUGAUCUUUCCUACAACAACCUUAAUCUUGGAGCAGUUCCAAGCUGGAUUAAAGAGAAGCGACUCACGGAGAUUAACUUAGCUGGUUGCAAACUGAGAGGAGCCUUUCCGAAGCUAACAAGACCACACGACGUGACUUCGCUAGACUUGUCUGACAACUUCCUCACAGGUGAUGUUUCGGCUUUUCUAGCUAAUAUGACUAGUCUACAGAAAGUGAAGCUCUCAAAGAACCAGCUCAGGUUUGAUCUCUCAAAGCUCAAGUUGCCAGAAGGAGUCUCUUCCGUUGAUCUAAGUUCGAAUCUAGUGACUGGCUCGCUUUCAAGCCUGUUAAACGACAAGACAAGUCGCUUCUUGGAAGAGGUUCAUCUCAGCAACAAUCAAAUCUCAGGGAGGAUCCCUGAUUUCACAGAGAGCUUGAACCUGAAAGUACUCAACAUAGGGAGCAACAAGAUCAGUGGACAAAUCCCAAGUUCAAUAUCAAACCUUGUUGAGCUUGUGAGAUUAGACAUCUCAAGGAAUCACGUUUCAGGAGUCAUACCUCAGGGUUUAGGCCAGCUUAUGCAGCUGAACUGGCUAGACCUCUCGAUCAAUGCACUUACGGGGAGAAUCCCGGAUAGCUUGUUGAACAUCAAGGCGAUGAAACACGUGAGUUUCAGGGCCAACAGGUUGUGCGGACUGAUUCCACAAGGAAGACCGCUCAACAUCUUCCCUGCAGCUGCUUAUCUUCAUAACCUUUGCUUGUGUGGCAAGCCGUUACCACCUUGCAGGAAGACAACGAAGUGAAAACAAACACACAUUUUAAGGUGGCCAGUCCAAACGCUGACUUGAUUGAUCUUAAUCCUAUCACUUUUAUGUAAUUCUUGAGAAAAUAGAUGAUAUCUUCUAUUUGUCUUUUUACUCGUUUUCUUACUAUUCUAUUGUUUAAUCUCUGCUUGUAUACUUCUGUUUCCAUCUAAAUAAAAUAUUAUCACUUUGAUUCAA